AUCUCAAAAGCACUUUUUACUUUCAUUUGAUCUGAAAUAAAGAAACAGAAAGGACAAACGAGAAGAAGAGGGAAGCACACCAUGAACCUUGCAGUGGGGAGCUCUUGGCCUCUUCUUCAGUUUCCCUCCUCUUCUUUAUGUUCUCAAUCUUCAGUCUUUUUGUAUGCUAGAAAUGCAGACACCAAGAGGAGGAACAGAGUCUCAACUAUGGCUUCCUUGAGACAGGAUGACUUCAAUGAGAAUGUAUCUAAGAAGAGGAGAGCUGUUCUUCUUGUGGGUAUUUCAGUUCUUCCUUUCUUGAAACUCAGAGCGAGAGCUCUUGAAGAUUUAGUCACAAAGGAAAGUGUACAAAAUAAACCAGUGGAAAGCCAAAUAUCAGAGCUGGCACUUCAAGGAGAUUCACCAUUGAAUCCCUUUCUUUCUCUUCUUAAUGCACUCGGAAUAUUUGGGACUGCUGUGCUUGCCCCACUUUAUGCUUUGACUCAGAAAGAGAAAAAAGCUUCUGAUGCAGCUAUAGAAUCUAUGAAAAAUACACUCAGAGAAAAAGAAGCUACCAUUUUGUCAUUGAAGAAAGAAUUUGAGUCGAAAUUCCAGAAGGAACUAGAAGAGCGAACAAAGCUACUCAAAACAGCAAAAGAAGAACAUCAGGUUUUAACAAAUCAACUAAAUUCUGCUAACAGCACAAUUACAGGCUUAGGGAAGGAGCUAAAAAAUGAAAAAAAAUUGGUUGAGGAGCUCAAACAGCAAAUUGUUAGUCUUCAAUCCAGUCUCUUGAAGGCUGGGGAAGAUAAAAGUGCACUUGAAGAAAAACUCAAGGAAAAGCUUGAUUCAAUUGAGGUGUUACAAGACAGGGUUAAUAUACUCAGUUUAGACCUAAAAGAUAUGAACGAUAGUGUUCAAAACUUCAGAUCUUCUCUUGCUGAGAAGGAAAUGGAGUUGAAGGACUUGAAUUCUAUCUACAACCAGACUAAGGAUAAACUAGCCAAAGCAGAAGCAGAAGUCAAAGGAUUGAGGGAUGAACUCUUGAAAAAUGAAAAAGAAUUAGAAAUGAGGAAUUCUUUGGUGGAUGAAUUAAAUGCAACAGUAAAUUCUUUAAUAGUUGAGAGAGAUGGUUCGAAGAGGAAAACUGAUGACCUUCAAAGGGAGUAUGAUGAUCUGAAGUUAUCUUCUGAGAAGAAGGCAACUUUUGAUGCAAAGCUAUUGGGAGAAAGAGAAGAGGAACUUCACCAGCUGAAGCAAAAGCUUGAGCUUGUGCAGAAUGAAGUGAGUGGGAGUCAAGCAACAAUUGCUAAGUUAACCCAAGAAAAGGAUGACUUGAGAAAGAUGCUGGAUGUGGAAUUGAUUCAUGUAGAAAAUCUCAAACAUGAGCUCAAAACAACUCAGGAGACUCUUGGGAAGACGAGAAACGAGGCUUCUAAUCUGGAAAAUCAACUAAUACAAUCAACAAACUUGUGCUCAGAGCUUGAGUCUGAAAUGUCAAGGGUGAAAUCUGAGUUUGAUGAAGUUAGGGAAACAUUUCAGAACAGCCUAGAUGAGGCAAAACAAAGUAGCGAAGUGCUAGCCAGUGAGCUCACUGCAUCAAAGGAGCUUUUGAAGAAGACUAGGGAGGAGCUGCAAAUUGUGACCCAUCAACUGGCUGCUGCAACUGAAGAGUGUGAUAGCCUAAAAAAUGAACUGGUAGAUGUUUAUAAGAAAGUAGAAGCCACAGCCAAUGAUUUGAAAGAAGAGAAAAAUGUUGUUGCCUCUUUGAACAAUGAACUACAAGCUUUGGAGAAGCAAAUCUUCAAGGACAAGGAGGCACGGAAGUCCCUUGAAAUUGAUUUGGAAGAGGCUACCAGAUCACUUGAUGACAUGAACAGAAAUGUGUUGACACUUUCUAGAGACCUAGAUAAUGCUAAUUCUCAUAUUUCUAGUCUCAAAGAUGAAAAAGAGGUGCUUUACAAGUCCCUAACUGAACAAAAGAUCACAGCUCAAGAAGCCCGAGAAAACAUGGAAGAUGCCCAUGAUCUUGUCAUGAGGCUUGGCCAAGAAAGGGACAGUUUGGACAAGAAAGCAAAGAAACUUGAAGAGGAAUUGGGAUCUGCCAAGGGUGAAGUACUGCGGUUAAGGAGUCAAAUAAAUUCAUCCAAAUCUCUUGUAGAUGAUCAACAUCCUCAGAAAGGUGCAGAAGAAAACUAUGUCCCUGACACUACAAAGAGAAAUGGUAGGAGGAGAAAGGAUGGUUUAUCCAAUUCUGAUGACGAAGAUGAUAUCACUGUUACUGCAAAGAGAACUGGUAGAAGGAAAAAGACUAGUUCAGAAUGAAGCUCUGGAUCAUUCAGUUUUCAUUCAAUAUUGUAUGUCCCUAUGUCAUCUAUGACACUUGUUUCUGAGCUUUUGCUUUUUCGAUCAAUUUUCAACGGUAUUGUAUGAUCAUUGUAUAAAUGUUGUUCGAGGAAUGAGAUUACAUCAGUUUUCUGCCCA